AUGCCGGCCGAGUUGGUAAUUCGAACAAAUACAAAUCUCCACAUGGACAUGUAUGUCAAUAGUCCAGAUUUAGAGGUUGAUACCAGGGACACUAGCCUAUGCGGCUCUUCAGUGCUCCUGCCCAGCGCCAGUCAAACUCAUGUUCAGCCAAAGCAUUUGCCGAAUUGGAACAACCUCAAGGUCAUCCACCGCAAUACUUUAACACCAAGGAGUCACUUUUUUCUAUACAAUUCCGAGAAAGACGCCCUAGCUGGUGAUGUUCAGCGUUCGAGAAGUCUUCUCCUUUCGGGGUUAUGGGGAUUCCACCUCACCAAUGGGCCUUUCAAUGGACCAACGGAUUUCUUCGACCCAAACUUCGACAACUCCAAAUGGGAUCUCAUCAAAGUUCCUGGCAUGUGGCAAUUGCAAGGUCAUGGGAAAGGGCCACAAUACACCAACGUCAACUAUCCCUUCCCCGUCAACCCUCCUCAUGUGCCCUAUGAUGAGAAUGAAUGUGGCCGUUACGUGACCAAGUUUGCGGUGCCUGAAAACUUGAAGGAUACGAAGCAGUGGAGGUUGAGGUUCGAGGGCGUGGAUAGCGCCUUUUCGGUAUACUUGAAUGGCAAAGAGAUUGGGUACUCCCAAGGAUCUCGAAAUCCGAGCGAGUUCGACAUAACAGAUGCUCUGAUCCUAGAUUCCGAAGAGAAUUACCUUGCUGUCGAGGUCUACCAAUGGAGUGACGGCAGCUACAUUGAAGAUCAGGAUCAAUGGUGGCUUUCUGGAAUCUUUCGCGAUGUGUGGCUCCAUGCCUUUCCUUCAGUUCAUCUGGAGGACUUCCACGUUCAGACUAUAUUGGACGACGACUAUAAGGAUGCAUGGUUGAAGCUCCAUGUUGACUUGAACCAAGCACACUGCACGACAGUAAAGCUCCUAGAUAUCGAAGGGAACACCGUCUUCCACGUAUCACACACCCCAGAUAAAAAUUCUUUCCAAGUUCAAUACCAGGUAAAAUGCCCACACAAGUGGACGGCAGAGACCCCGUAUCUAUACACACUUGUCAUCUCCGUGGGAGAAGUCUACAUUUCCCACAAAAUCGGAUUCCGUCGGGCGGAGCUUGUCGACGGCGUCUUUUGUGUAAAUGGAAAUCCUGUCAAGUUUAGAGGGGUCAACCGGCACGAACAUCAUCCAGAAUCAGGACGAGCUGUACCGUACGAGUUCCUCAGAAGAGACCUCCUCCUCAUGAAGUAUUUCAACAUCAACGCAAUCCGGACAUCGCAUUACAUCAACGACACCAGAUUGUAUGACCUAGCGAACGAAUUAGGCCUCUGGGUUAUUUCAGAGGCGGAUUUAGAAUGUCAUGGUAUGGGGGAAGUGGGAGGAGACCCGGCGAGUUUCGCCUCCGAUAACCCAGCCUGGAAAGACGCAUACGUCGACCGGGCCAGGCAGAUGGUCAUGCGAGACAAGAACCACCCGUGUAUCAUCAUGUGGUCUCUUGGCAAUGAGUCGUUCUAUGGCCGAAACCACCAAGCGAUGUACGACGAGAUCAAAAGCAUUGAUGAUACGCGACUUAUUCAUUACGAAGGCGAUCAAGAUGCCCAGACCGUGGAUAUCUUCAGCCGAAUGUACACUUCCGUCGACGAUAUGAUUAAGCACGCUGAGGAGAAAGACUGGAAAAAACCAUUCGUCAUGUGUGAGUACGCCCAUGCCAUGGGAAAUGGUCCAGGGGCCAUAAAAGAAUACAUCGACGCCUUCUACAAGUAUCCUCGACUGAUGGGAGGGUUUGUCUGGGAAUGGGCCAACCAUGGCUUAAAGACCAAUAAUGCAGACGGAGAAGUCUAUAUGGCCUACGGAGGGGACUUUGGCGAAGAAGUACACGACUUUAACUUCGUAAUGGAUGGCCUUUGUUUUGCAAACCACAGCCCUACUCCCGGUCUGCUUGAGUAUAGCAAGGCGAUUGAACCAGUUCAAGUUCUCGGUUAUGAAAGGGGCGAGGUCGAAAUCAUUAAUCGCUUCGAUUUCCUGGAUCCGGCGGACCACCUUCGAUGUCAUUGGGAAAUCAUUUCGGACCGUUCCCAGGUAAUUGGCCGCGAAGUCCAUAUACCCGAGGGCAUCAGACCUCACACCAAAGCCAAGAUGUUUAUCGGUGAUCUUGGAAAGUUUAUUGGUGAUCUCGGAAUUGCCUCCACUGCAGAGGUCUGGUUGCGGAUCGAGUUUUCUCGGCGGGAGGGUACGCAAUGGUCGUACCCAGGACAGCUUAUUGCUGCCAGUCAGCUUCAACUGACUCCACCAAAGUCACUCGCUUUCUUGAAGACCAUCUCAACCCUAGUCGGGCCCAGAGUCCACACCAAAGGCCAUGUCCUCAGUGUGAUGCUUAGAAGUGGGAAGAUAUUUGGCUUCAACACGCUGGACGGCACCCUCUUUUCACUCACUCAUGCCUGCAGCCCCCAUCUCAACUUGCUCUCGGAACCACCCACUCUGGACUUUUACCGCGCUCUCACCGACAACGAUCGCGGCGGCCGCUUUGGAAAAGAGUGGACCGAGCGCCGCCUCCACCAGACCCGGAACCACUUCACGCGGGUGACCACAACGGAAGAAGGUCACGUCUGCAAGAUCAUCGUCGAGAGCCGUGUCGCGCCGCCCGUCCUGGCAUGGAGUGUCGAUACCGUUACCACCUACACGUUGACGUCGGAGUACUGCAGCGUCCACAUCAAGGCCAAGCCACGCGGGCCUCUGCUCCCGGACACCUUUGCCCGUUUCGGCCUGACCUUCGGCCUCAAGGGUGUCAAAGUGGUCGAGUGGUUCGGUCGCGGAAGGGGGGAGUCUUAUUGUGAUAAGAAGCUGUCGCAGCAUGUGAACACGUGGGGUGGGAGCGUGGACUCACUGUUCACUGAUUACGAGCUCCCGCAGGACUGCGGUAACCGUACAGAUGUCCGCUGGGUUGAGCUGCGAGAUAGAUGGGGCGCGACUGAGAAGGGCAGGUUGCUCAGGGCGAGGUUUGGAGAUCAUGACGGGGCCAGUUUUAGUGCAAUGCAUUACACGACCAAGGACUUGGACGAGUCGACGCACCCGUAUGAGCUACACAAGCGUAAGAGGGAGGACACCAUUGUGAGGUUGGAUUGGUUCCAUCAUGGACUGGGAACAGGGAGCUGUGGGCCGGCGACGCUGCCGCAGUACGAGUUGAGGACGGACAGGGAGUUUGAUGUCGAGUUGCUGUUGGACUAG